UCCUUCUGUCAUUCUGUGUAAUUUACCAACUUACCAAAAAAACAAAAAAAAAAAAAAUUGUAACGUGACGUCCUCUCCCUCUCUCAUAACACCUUUCAGUUAUCCAAUCAACCUCCAUGCUAACUCCUAUUCCCAUGCAAACUAACUCCCUUCAUAUUUUGAUAUAUUUCUGCCAACCUCUUUCCUUUCACGGACACCGCUCCCCAUCUUCCCAUGGAGGAGCGGGUCGGCAGCGCAAACGAUGAGCACCCAGAUUACCUCUACCCACCACCACCACCACCUGACUCUGCCGAUGAUACCUACAUCAUUCAAAUCCCUAGGGAUCAAAUUUAUCGCGUUCCACCUCCAGAAAAUGCUGUUAUUGCCCAAGGUUACCGCAAACCGGUCGAACAAAAGAGCAAAGGUUGCCGCGGUCGCUGCAAGUGCAUUUGUCUAUGCCUCAUUGUCACCGUUGCUCUUAUCGUUGGCAUUUUUCUAGCGAAGAUUUACUUGUUUCCGAGCCCUAAAAGCCCUCAAUUCUCCAUCAAGAAAGUCCUCGUCAAGACUCCAUCGUCUUCUUCAAAAAAUUAUUCCUCCCCAAGCUAUGAAAUCUCGUUGAAAGCUGAGAAUACAAAUGACAAAUAUAAAAUUUCUUAUGAAAAUGGCGGAGGCUCCAAGCUUUCUUUCAAGCAGCAUAAAAUUGCAGAGGGGAAGCCUCCGUCAUUCUCCCAAAAUGAAAAUGAAUCAAAUGAUGUUCGAGUAACCCUAGCCGGCUCGAAAGGGACAUUGCCAAGUGAGGUUGCAAAGAGUCUGAAUGACACGAAGGCGAAAACGCCUGUCUCUUUAUCUCUAAUGAUCAAUGCACCGGUGAAAAUGAAGGGUUUGAUCUCGACGAAGGAUAAAGAUGUGACGGUCACAUGUGAUUUUAAGGUGAACACGUUGGCUACCGGUACGAAGAUUUUAUCUCAAGAAUGUAAUUCCAAGUUAUAGCUAGCAGCCCUAAAGAGAAUUCUGGUGGAGACCAUGCAUGGCAGUGAAGAAUAUUAAUGCUGUCAUUCUCUUAUGCUAUAUUAGAGUUUUUAGUUUUUAUUUAAUUUAAAUUGUUUUUUUUACUUUUUAAUUAUUUCAAUUUGCAUUGCAUUUUCAAUAUAUUUUGGCCAGCACAAGCGUAAGAAAAGAGGGGUUACGAAAUUUUUUAAUCUCUGUAUCACUGUAUGGAGUUGAAAAUUAUUUACUUUUGUGGUUUAUUGCAUCUAAAAUUAGUGUUUAAAUAUGUUUGCUAGCAUCUCAAUUCCAGACCUUAGAUAGAAUUGGAAUUGAAAUUGAAGAUUCUAUCAUUUCAAUUUUUAAACUAGUUUUCCUCUCAUUUCAUUAAUUUUAACACAUAUUCCAUGCCACCCGACACAAAAGUGGCAUAUUAGAUUUUUCAUUUUAGGCAAUCACAUCUGGAGUCUCCAUAAUAUUAUUCUUUAAUUUCUCUUGGUUUUAAAUUCUUUUUGUUCUUUUCAUUUUUCAUAUAGUUGUAUUUAUUUAUUUUUUUUUUCCUUUGAAGGUAAUGUGUACGCUUUUUUUCCCAAUGAAUAGUACUUUGUAGAAAAAAAAGUUGUAGAAUUGGUUUUUCUUUGGCUCACUGUUACUUGUUUUAUGUUUGCUUUAAUAAUAUAUUGCUGCAAUCUAAUUAAUCUUCUAAAUGCAUGGUAAAAGUCAUAGCGUCAACUAAUCGCAAAACGUAUCAAUUUAGACCUUUAUGUCUCCUAUGGCGAAUUUCCUGCUUUUUCAUUUUUUAAUUAUUAUUUUUAUUUAUUAUUAUCAUAAAAAAUAAAAAAAUAAAUAAAAAUUUGUGGAUAGGAGAAGGGGAAUAGACAAACCCAUCGUGUCUUUUUUAUUUUCCCAUUUUUUUAAGGAUUUUUUUUAAAUAAAGAAGCA